UCUUUUUUUGGUAAAUUUUCCCUUAAUUCAUUUAUGCUAUAACUUCCCCUUUACGGCCGCCAUCCCGGAUUGGUGGGGGGGUUUCGUCAAGGUGGUCAAUAUCUGAGAGAGCAAGCGAGAGAGAGGGAGAGAAGCAGAGAGACAGAGAGACAAAGAGAUAGGAAAUGGGUGGUGAAAUCGAGAAGUGCAUCAAGGUAUGGAUCAUAGUCAUUACAUCUCUGUGUUAUUGUUACUACGUAGUUGCUCGAAUCCGGAAGGGCAUGAUGCGGCUUCUCUCUCUUCUUCCCAUCUUUUACCUCUUCAUAACCCUACCCUUCAACCUCAACUCCGUCCAUAUCGGCGGUCUUACAAUCUUCUUCCUUGUUUGGCUCGGCAACUUCAAGCUCAUCCUCUUCGCCUUCGAUCAAGGCCCAUUAACACCACUCCCACCCAAACUCUUUCACUUCAUCUCCGUAGCUUGCCUUCCCAUCAAAAUCAAGCAACACCCAUCUCCCCAAAAUGCUAAACCAGCACCAAAAGUGACCCCCAGAUCUAUUUUGUCGGUUAUAAAACCCUUGUUUCUUGCUCUCAUAAUCCGAUCAUAUGAAUUCAGACCAAUUAUGCACCCAUACCUUGUGUUUGCUCUCUACUGUUUCCAUGUCUACCUUGGUGUGGAAAUCGGGCUAGCCCUGGCUGCCGCUCCGGCUCGAGCCUGUGGGUUUGAGCUCGAGCCACAAUUUAACGAGCCCUACCUGGCUACCUCGUUACAAGACUUUUGGGGCCGGAGGUGGAACCUCAUGGUCACCAGUAUUCUACGCCCUACCGUAUACAACCCCAUACGCCGUAUCUCCACGGACAUAGUUGGGCCCCGCUUGGCCCCUUUGCCGGCGGUGAUCGCGUCCUUUUUGGUCUCCGGCCUACUGCACGAAGUGAUCUUUUAUUACUUAACUCGUGCUUAUCCCACGUGGGAGGUCACGUGGUUCUUUAUCCUACAAGGCGUGUGCGUGGUCAUUGAGAUCAUGGUGAAGAAGGCCGUGGCUGACAGGUGGCAGUUGCAUCGGGCGGUUUCGGCACCAUUGACGGCAGGGUUCGUGGCGGUGACCGGCGGUUGGCUGUUCUUCCCACAAAUAUUUAGGAAUGGUUUGCAUGAGAAGACCAUACAAGAGUAUCCAAUUAUGAUUGAUUUUGUCAAAGCCAACUUACUCUUUUAUAAGUUGUAACUCUUUAUUUCACAAAGAUCAAUUAUACACCAUAUAUUUAUUUUA